UCCUUUCCUCCAUAAGUAACCGCUCCUGUCACCCUGCACUCCUUCCGCCUCCAUAAGUAACCGCUUGUUGUUUAUUACAAUAAAGAUUGGUUAGAGCCUCUGUACAAGAGUGCUUCUUUGAAAACCAUGGCUUCCCCUGAUCCUGAAGAUGACUGAGGAUUCUGAGGAUGAUGAAAUCGCUUGCAUGUCGACGGAGGACAUUAUCCACAACUCUCGAGUUCUUGAUAGGGAAAUGCGCGUCUUUGAGGAUGAGUUGCAGAGAACGAACCUAGUGUUGGAGACAUUCAAGGGAAUGAUAAAGGUGAAACAGAAGAAGAUCAAGGUCCACAUGCAUCUCCCAUACUUAGUUGCUUACAUAGUCGAGAUUAUGGAAAUGAAUAUGGAGGAUGAUGCUGAAGAGGAAGGUGCGAAUGUUGAUCUAGAUUCCCAAAGGAAGAGAAAGUGUGUUGUGCUUAAAACAUCUACACGUAAGACCAUAUUUUUGCCUUUUGUUGCGCUCGUAGAUCCUGACAAGCUUAAACCUGGUGAUUUAGUUGGGGUGAAUAAAAACAGUUACCUGAUAAUUGAGUAUGAUUUGCGUGUUAAGGCCAUGGAAGUUGAUGAAAAGCCUACUGAAGAUUACAAUGACAUAGGAGGUCUUGAGAAGCAGAUUCAAGAAUUUGCCGAGGCUAUUGUUGUCCCUAUAACCCACAAGGAAAGGUUUCAGAAAUUAGGAGUUCGUCCUCCCAAAGGAGUUCUUCUCUAUGGACCUCCUGGAACAGGCAAAACUCUAAUGGCACGUGCAUGUGCUGCUCAGAUCAAUGCUACUUUUUUGAAGCUUGCAGGUCCCCAAUUAGUUCAGAAGUUCAUUGGUGAUCGAGCAAAUCUUGUGCGUGAUGCAUUUCAACUUGCUAAAGAGAAAUCCCCCUGCAUCAUUUUCAUAGAUGAGAUUGAUGCAUUUGAGACUUCAUUGCAUUGCAAUGGGCCAAUGGCUGAAUAUGCAUCAAGUAAGCCAACUGAUCCAGGUUGGAAGUAUGGAACUUGUUCAAAUCCUCUUAACAAGAAUAGGAUCGAGUGCAUGUUUUGCAAAAACUGUUAUAACGUCGGCAUCAACAGAUUAAAGAAGCAUUUAGUCGACAUUAAAGGGGAUGUGGCGUCAUGCAUUCUAGUGCUUGCUAAGGUCAGGAGAGAGAUACUAGAGAACUUGGAGGGGGUGAAAGCCAAGAAACAGGAGGUGAAAAUAACACGAGAUGAACUUGUAAGGGCUGUAGAUGUUCUUGGAGUUCGACAAGAGGAAGAAGACAUGUAUAUUGAGAUGGUUGAUGCUGAGAAGAAACUUGCUAUGGGGCAUAUCUAUAAAGCCUUGCAAGAUGCAAAGGAAGAAAUCAAGAGAUCUUUGUGGGAUGAAAAGUGGUAUGGGGAGUUUUUGAAGAUUAUUGAAGACAAAUGGAACUCCCAUCUUGAGAUGCCCCUGCACUUAGUAGAAUACUACCUUAACCUUGCUCACUUUUACACCGAUGUUGAGGUACAUAGUAGGCCUGAGUUCAUGGAUGCUUUCAACCAGUGCAAUGUGAAGCUCAACCCUGAUCCUGAAGUGCAAGAUAAGGCAAUGAUGGAGUUAGAUUUGUAUAGGCUCGGUACUGGAUCUCUAGUCUCAGAGUUCUCAGCCAUCACUGUAUCAGAUUCAAUGCCUUCUCUCCCUAGAGAAGCAGAUUUCAUUGGUACGGGGUUGCAUGUCUGUCAACAUGAUUUGCAUUUCUCUAUUGCCAAAAGUGAAACAUUUCCAAAUAUUUAUCUGAAAGGAGGAACUGGUCUCUUUCCUGUUAGAAAGGUUUGCGCAAAAGCAACUAUGCAUGGAAAGGUUUGCACGAAAGCAACUAUGCAUGGAAAGGUCAUAGCGGCAACCAAUCGAGCAGAUAUGCUUCUUAUGCAUUCGGGACGUCUAGAUCGCAAGAUAGAGUUCCCUCACCCAACUGAAGAAGCAAGGGUGAAAAUCUUGCAGAUACAUUCGAGGAAAAUGAAUGUGCAUCCUGAUGUGAAUUUUGAAGAGCUAGCACGUUUUGCUGAUGAUUUUAAUGGGGCACAGUUGAAAACUGUUUGCUUUGAAGCUGGCAUGCUAGCAUUGCGACGAAACGCAACUGAGGUUAUCCAUGAAGAUUUCAAUGAAGGGAUCAUUCGAGUGCAGGCUAAGAAGGAGGCGAGCCUAAAUUACUAUGCAUAGUGUAGAUAUAAUGUUUUCAAUGUAAUGCGGAGUCUGAGAGAGCAUCUUUUCUCUCCUCAUUUCUUCUCAAGUCAUUGUAUUUGUGCUGUUGAAUAAAAAAUUUGAAAAAUAGCCGUGUGGUCCCUAUGCUGAGGGCUGUCCCCACUAAACCAAAGAAAAUAAGAAUUGAGGAACUCUUGUGUUCCUUUGGGCAUUUGACCAUGCAACUAGGUAUGAUAGGUGCUGGUUACAGACAAUGGUUGGGCAUAAAGUGAAAUUUGUAAUACAUGAUUUUCUUCAGGAUGUUCACCCUUAGGCA